UUACCUAUCAAAAUCUGGUUCGCCGGCAUUCAACGCAGAUGGACAAAGCAGAGUCGCACUCAUUUCCAGCCGACCGCGGGCAAAAUAUCCUCGUCGCGAAGCGCACGGCUUCCGAAGAACCGAAUUCCGCUCCUGAUACCAAAAGAAUUGAUAAUAGGUUGAAAGAACCAGAUAUUCAACCUGCAGCUACAACCUGGAGAAUUCCUAUCCUAGAGAAGCCUGCAGUUUUAGAAGAAAGAAAUGGCGAGAUCGAAUUCCGAGUUGUUAAUAAUAAUAGCACAAGCGAGAGUACGAUUAUCCUUACAGGUCUUAAAAACCUGUUUCAAAAGCAACUUCCAAAAAUGCCUAAAGAUUACAUCGCACGUCUCGUCUACGAUCGCACUCAUUUGUCUCUCGCCAUCGUCAAAAUGCCUCUUGAGGUCAUUGGCGGAAUAUCAUUCCGAGAAUUCCGAAACCGCAAUUUUGCUGAAAUCGUUUUUUGUGCUGUCUCAUCUGAUCAGCAGGUGAAGGGAUACGGAGCACAUCUCAUGGCCCAUUUGAAGGAUUAUGUCAAAGCUACUUCCCCAGUGAUGCAUUUUCUGACUUACGCCGAUAAUUUUGCCACGGGGUAUUUUCAAAAACAAGGAUUUACCAAAGAGAUCACUCUCCCCAAGUCCGCCUGGAUGGGGUAUAUCAAGGACUACGAAGGAGGGACACUCAUGCAAUGCACUAUGCUUCCUCGAAUACGUUAUCUCGAAGUUGGUCGUAUGCUUCAGAAGCAAAAGGAAACCGUACAAGCCAAAAUUCGUAGCUUGAGUAAAAGCCACAUCAUCCAUCAACCACCUCGUCAAUGGGCCAACGAUGUUGUCACUCCAAUCGACCCAUUCUCUAUCCCUGCCAUUCGGGCACUUGGCUGGUCUCCAGAAAUGGACGAAUUAGCACGGGAGCCACGCCGCGGGCCUCAUUUCAACGAAUUUAGACGUUUUCUGUAUCAAAUCCAAAACCACAAACAAGCAUGGCCCUUCCUCAAGCCAGUCGACAAAGACGAAGUCCUUGAUUAUUACAAUGUCAUUACAUCACCAAUGGAUCUAACGACUAUGGAAGAAAAAUUGGAGCAUGGUCUUUAUGCUACUCCGAAAGACCUCGUCGAUGACCUCAAGCUAAUUUUUAGUAAUUGCCGGCAGUAUAAUGAACCAACAACGGUAUACGCCAAGUGCGCGGUCAGCCUGGAGAAGUACAUGUGGAGACUUAUUCAAGAGAUUCCAGAGUGGUUUGAGCUACUUGAAAAAUAAUUAGUGUUAGUGUAUCAUAUUCUCUAGAGUUAGAUCUAUUGCUGAAUGAAGCGAGGCUUUGGUAUGGUUGGAGUCGGUAUCGGGCGAUUGGAUUUGGGGGUUUAUGAAGAGCAAGGGAUAACAAGGGGGAUUCUACCAUCUCUCCAGCUCACCUGUCAUCUUAGUACCCCGAGCACUGCCAAUGUACUCGAAUAUCCUUAUAUAAUAUGAC